AGUCACGUUUUCGUUUUUCCAUAUGUGGGUCAGGACUCAUGAGUCUCAGCUCUCACCUAUCAGAUUUGAUGGAACACAUCGCUGUACACGUAAGAUUAACUUUUCAAUAGAUUGGUGGUGGCAUAUUAUUAGUCAGUCUUUGCCUGCUGUCAGAGAAAGAAGUAAGCUGGCUUUCUCAAGAUGGCUAGCAAAAGAGGCGACAAAAACUCGAAACGGUCGUCGUCGGCGGGUAGGAAACUCAUUGCCUCUGUGGAUUUUGGUACCACCUCAGUUCGCUGCUUUCUCUUCGAUCACCAAGGACGCGUUAGGUCUAGCGCCGCAGUAAAGGUGAAUCAAAUAUACCCACAACAAGGCUGGAACGAAAUAGAUCCCGAAGACGUCUGGACUAAGUUUCAAAGUGUUUUCAAACUCGCCCUAGAAAAUGCCGAUGCCGAUGUAUCUGACGUCAAAGUGUUUGGUCUCUCCACACAACGGGGCUCUUUCGUGACGUGGGAUAAACGGACCGGAAAGCCCUUUCACAAUUUUAUAACAUGGAAAGAUUUAAGAGCUGACCAUCUUGUGAAAUCAUGGAACAACUCUUGGACAAUUCAAGGCAUCCGUUUGGGCUCCAUCAUCAUGCAUAAAGCAACUCGGAACAAGCGCUAUUUAGCUGGUAGUGCUUUUAAAUUUAUGAAUGGUUUGGUUUCUUUACGUCUACGCUGGGCCCUAGACAACCACGAAAAUCUCCGUCAAGCAGCCCAAGAAGGUCACGCUCUUUUGGGUACCAUAGAGACGUUCCUUAUCUAUAGAUUGACGCAAGGUCGUCUCCACGCAACGGAUUACAGCAAUGUCUGUGUGAGUGGGCUAUGGGAUCCUUACACUUUUCAAUGGGUUGACUGGCUGAUAAACAUGCUGGAUAUUCCUAAAUCCAUGCUUCCAGAAAUUAAAGAUUCCUGCGGCAGCCAUUGGGGUUCUAUUCAUAAAAAUAUUUUUGGUGCUGAAAUUCCGAUACGUUGCGUUGUAUCGGAUCAAGGCGCUUCGUUAUUCGGCUCGCUAUCUUUCAACCAAGGGGAUGUCCGGUUAACGAUGGGUACCGGUUCCUUUGUCUCGUACAACACGAGCGAAAAACCACAUGCCUCCGUCUCUGGUCUAUAUCCAGUAGUAGGGUGGAAGAUUGGUGAUGAAGUGGUCUUCAUUGCAGAAGGUCAUUCUAGCGACACGGCCACUGUCAUCGAAUGGUGUCGCGAGAUUGACCUUUUUGAAGACUAUAACGAAAUUGAGAAAAUAAUUACUUCCAUACCGAAUAGUGAUGAUGUUUUUUUCGUUCCAGCAUUCAGUGGAAUCCAAGCACCCAUUAACGACGAAACCGUUGCUACAGGUUUCAUUGGGAUCAAACCUUCCACACGCAAAGCCCAUCUUUUGCGAGCCGCAGUCGAAUCGUUAGCUUUCAGGGUGUACCAAAUGUGCCAGCUGAUGUACCAGGAAACAGGCCAAGUCGUAACAAAGAUGCGAGUCGACGGCGGUGUAAGUCGCAAUGAUUUUUUGAUGCAGCUGAUCGCUGAUCUUACUAUGAUGACCAUUGAUCGUCCGGUAUUUAUUGAAAGUGCCGCUCAUGGCGCCGCAAUGAUGGCAGGACUCUCUUUCGGGAUAUGGAAUUCGCGAAGUGAAUUGCAACAUAUGCGACAAACGGAGCGUAUCUUCCUCCCUGUUGAAAAUCGCUGGUUGGAUUAUGCCCCACUGUACAGUUCAUGGAAAAAUGCCGUCCGAAGGCUUUGUCAUUGGUAUUAGGUUGAUAUCAACGACAAAGGAAAAACAAAUCAAAGCUGACUACCCACAUUUCCUAAGGUUAUUUCACCGUUUUUCUCCUAAUCAAAAAGUUUACGUUGUGGAGAAUUUUCUCGAAAUGUUUUUCACUGUAGGUUUUCAAAGGAAACUAUUUUUCUAAGUGUAAAAUGUUAAAUUGGACCAGCUAUGCCUUUUCAUUCUUUUGGGUGUUUUUACAUUCUGUCACACAAAGCGAAUAUACUCGGGAAUCUGCAAGAAAAUCCGCUGACUUUUGUGUCAUACUUUAUGUGUUUAUCGAACAUGCAACAGUAAAAAUGUGAUGCUUUCCAGAA